UGCUGCUCGUGUCUGUAUAUUUCUUUAUAUGAAUGACAUGUCAGUUUAUCAAGCUUAUAAAAUUUCAUAUACAUAUUGUAUUAAUCAUAGACGUCACCAUAAGUUGACGCCAGAUGUCGCAAAGAUCGUUUACAGAAUUAUCAGAAUUUCGAUAAUUGUUUUUAAAAUAGACAUAUAAAAAUUACUCGCUUGUGAAGCUAAUAUAAAAGGCAAAUCAUACGUUUAGGAAACCUUAUCAAUAAAGAAUAAAAACGAUAAGAGAGUGUUAAUUAAUUUAACUUGAUUAUCUUCAAAGGAUAAUGAGCUUUGUAUAAGAGGCAGCUUCUUUAGAAAAUUAUCUCACAUUACACUUGGAUUUUUCAUCGGGGAAACAUGUCAAAUAUGUCUCGUGUUAUUGUCCUCUUCUUACUCGCCGCCAUUGUUUGUGUCAGCUUCAUCGACGCGGGCAUAAUCUGUCCACCGAACCAAGUGUUCAAAUUUUGUGGUACCGCGUGCGAGCCUCGAUGUGGAAGACCACCGCCACCAAAUUGUAUCGCUAAAUGCGUGACGGACUGUCAAUGCAUCGACGGAUACGUGAGGAAUUCCUUGAACGAAUGCGUCUUGCCGAACGAAUGUUGAAAUUAUCUGUUACUUGUUAAUUCGUCGAACGAACUCUGUGCCGAUGAUUAAAAAAAAAAAAA